UGUCGGAUAGAUAUCACUGAACUUGUUUUCACAAACCAACACAAAUUCCGCUCAAUGAACACUCUAAAGAGUGGCUGCUCUAAUCCUCUUUAACCCACUUCACAUAUUGAAAGCUGUGGAAUUCACUUCCUGUAAGUUUCUUUGGAGACCAAAGUUUGAAUUUUUGUUGGGUUAGGUUGUGUAAUUUGAAGAUAUGUGAAAGCAAAUAAGUUGUAUUUGAAAUUAACUUACUUUCAGUGUUUUGUUGUGUAAGCUGAAAUGGGGUUGUUACUUAUGACAAAUGGCCAAAUGGGUAUCUCUAGUUUAGGAAAAAAUGAGACUUUCAUUUUAGAUUAUAAACGUAAAGGGUUUCCAGUAUUGAAUUCUUGGAAACCCGUUUUUGGUGCUGGUUUGAAGAGUAAGAAUGUGAAGAGGGUUAGAGGUUUUGUUGUGAGGAAGAGGUGUUUUGGAACAAUUUAUGCUAUGGUUAACGAAGAGUCUGAUAAGAGGGUGGUUGGAGGUGGAGGUGGAGGUGGAGGUGGAGGUGGAGUUGGAGUUGAAGGUGGGAUGGUUGAGAGAGAGUUUGAGUUUAAGCCGUCUUUUAGUGAGUAUUUGAAGGCUAUGGAGUCUGUCAAAAGUGACCGCAGGGUGCAACAAGCUAGUAAGUUGAGUAGAGAGAGAAUGAGGGAUGCUUUGAAGGGAAAGUAUAUGUUGAGGACAACGUCUUUGGGAAAAGAUGAUGAAAAGGUUAAAUUGAUGGAUGAAGAAGUGGUUUCAAAAGAUGUGGGACGGGAAGAGUUGGGUAGAAAUGGUCAUGGAGUAGCUCGGGGUGAAGGUCUGGUCAGAGGUAAGUUUGAUCGCAAGGGGAGUGUAAUUAGAAAGUCAAAGGAUAAAUUUAGUGGCCAUGAGAGUUGGGCUGAUGCAAAGAUGAAGAGGACAUCGAGAGGGGAGACAGAAGGGAGAAGUUCAAAAGAUGUGGGACGUGAAGAGUUGGGUGGAAAUGGUGAUGGAGUAGCUCGGGGUGAAGGUCUGGUCAGAGAUAAGUUUGAUCGCAAGGGGAGUGUAAUUAGGAAGUCAAAGGAUAAAUCUAUUGGCAAUGAGAGUUGGGCGGAUGCGAAGGUGAAGAGGACAUCAAGAGGGGAGACAGAAGGGAGAAGAUGGUCGCGUAAUCAAACCAAUAGUGUAGAGCCAGAGUUAAAAGACUCCUAUUUGUAUAAGGUUAAAAAGUUUCAGAAAGCACGAGAUGGUCCUGUGGCAUUGCUCAAUGAUAAUGGGAGUGGUAAUACUGUUAAUAUAACAGCAGACCUAGUUCAUGGUAAAAGUUCCUCAGAAAUGUUUGGAAGAAAGGGGGAAAGCUUUGAAAGGGACAAAGUUGGUAGUAGAAGCAAUUUUGUGAGGAAUCGGAUCCAACUUCAGAAGACUACUGAUGGUGAAAAUCGGCAGAGUGAAAAUUUAACUAUUAGCAGAAAGUCCUUCCCUGAAAAGGAUGAUGAUAGAAGUUGGGAGAUGGAAAGAGCUGCCUUCAAGUUUGUGGAAGAAGGAAAUGAUUUUAUGGACAAGCCAAGAGUUCCACGGGUGGAUAUGGAGGAGAGAAUCCAGAAACUAGGGAGGCAGUUAAAUGGUGCAGAUAUUGAUGUGCCUGAGUGGAUGUUCUCUAAGAUGAUGCGGAGUGCUAGGAUCAGAUUUUCAGAUCAUUCUAUACUGAGGGUUAUUCAGAUAUUGGGUAAAUUGGGAAACUGGAGGCGGGUUCUACAAGUAAUUGAGUGGCUUCAGAUGCGAGAACGCUACAAAUCCCACAGGCUCAAAUUCAUUUACACUACGGCACUUAAUGUACUUGGAAAGGCAAGGAGACCUGUGGAGGCACUCAAUGUAUUUCAUGCAAUGCAGCAACAAAUGUCCUCAUAUCCAGACUUGGUGGCUUAUCACAGCAUUGCCGUCACUCUUGGACAAGCAGGGCAUAUUAGGGAACUUUUUGAUGUAAUUGAUUGCAUGCGAUCUCUUCCUAAGAAAAAGUUCAAAACUGGGAUACAUGAGAGAUGGGACCCACGACUGGAACCUGAUAUUGUUGUCUACAAUGCGGUCUUAAAUGCUUGUGUCAAGCGGAAACACUGGGAAGGGGCAUUUUGGGUUUUGCAGCAAUUAAAAGAAAAAGGUCAGAAGCCCUCUGCUUCAACAUAUGGACUGGUUAUGGAGGUGAUGUUGGCAUGUGGCAAGUACAACUUGGUGCACGAUUUUUUCAGGAAAGUGCAGAAAUCUUUUAUUCCAAAUGCUUUAGUAUACAAAGUUCUUGUGAAUACUCUUUGGAGAGAAGGUAAAAUAGAUGAGGCUGUUUUGGCUGUUCAAGACAUGGAAAGACGAGGAAUUGUGGGUUCUGCUGCUCUUUAUUAUGACCUUGCUCGGUGUCUUUGUAGUGCUGGAAGGUGCCAAGAAGCACUAAUGCAGAUAGAGAAGAUAUGUAAGGUUGCAAACAAGCCUCUAGUUGUAACCUACACUGGAUUAAUUCAAGCUUGUCUGGACUCUGGGCACAUCGAAAAUGCUACAGAAAUCUUCAACCAAAUGAAGGACUUUUGCUCUCCAAAUCUUGUUACUUGCAACAUAAUGCUUAAAGCUUAUGUGGAGCAUGGUAUGUUUGAGGAAGCAAAGAAGCUGUUCCAGAAGAUGUCUGAAGAUAGCAAUCGUCUUAGCCGGGGACCUGAUAACAGGGGUCUAGUAGUGCCGGACAUCUAUACAUUCAACACCAUGUUAGAUGCAUGCAUUAAAGAGAAGAGAUGGGAUGACCUUGAGCAUGUCUAUAAAAAGAUGCUGCACCAUGGAUUCCAUUUCAAUGCAAAACGUCAUGUCCGAAUGAUAUUGGAUGCUUCAAGAGCCGGAAGGGUAGAGCUACUGGAAACAACUUGGAAGCACUUGGCCCGGGUGAAGCGAGUACCUCCACCUCCUCUCAUCAAAGAAAGGUUUUGCAUCUUUCUUGAGAAAGAAGACUACAGUUCUGCUCUAUCUUGUGUAACCAGUCAUCCAGUUAGUGAUCUGCCAGAAUUUUCCAAGACUGCAUGGUUGAAUUUAUUCAAUUAAAAUUCUCAACGUUUUAAGGACGAUACUCUCAUUCACUUAAUACACGAGGCGAGCAUCCGAACCACUGGAAUCGACUCAGUGAACUCAAUAUUGCUUAAUCUAAUUUCAUCCUGUAAAGAAUUUUUGAGGACUCACAUAAGAGCUCCAAAAAUGAGAGUGAGACAAACUCUUACUGCAGGUGCCUCAAAUAAUAUUUUUUGCUGUGUGUUUCUGUAAGUAUGUUUUAUCCAUAUAUGUUUUUAAUUAGGAGAAAUAAUUGUAUUGCAAAGCCUUCAAAUAAUCUUUGAAUUUAGGAGCAAUCA